UUGUCACAUCAAAACAUAUUUUUUUUGUUUAUAUCGGUAUUCAUUGUUUACUGUACGUUUAUUCAUUCGUAUAAGAUGGAUGAUGAAGAAUUUGACGAACUUACGGAUGAGCAAUUUGCUGCAUUAGAUAGUGAUAUUGCAAAAGUAUCAAAUAAUGAUAAAGAUAAAAACCAGGGAGAAAGUACGAUCAGCAGACUCGCACCAAGUCAGUCACAAACAAAUAUUUUCGCUGAAAUCACAAACACACAAUUUGCGGCCAUCGACCGUGAAGUCAGUGUAAAAACACGGAAAAGUCAGGAAAUGGAAGAUUGGCACGAUGAUGACGAUUUCGGACAAAUUACCGAUGAACAGUUUGAAGCGAUUGAUCGCUCAAUUACAUCAAAUAAUCAAGAAUCGGAGCAUGGUGAAAUAUCCGAAGUAGCACCACAAAUGGAUCUGGCUCAAUUGGAAUUGGAAACAGAAUUGGCAUUGGCGGCAUUUGAAGAUGAUGAUGGCAGCGAACCAUCUUUGGAGCAUUUGGAAUGUUUACGAUCAAAGUUUGGUCAUUCACAGUUCCGUGAUAAACAAUGGGAAAUCAUUCAUGCGAUUAUGAAUGAGAAGCGCGAUGUGUGUGCUGUGAUGUCCACUGGUUACGGCAAAUCGCUCUGUUUCCAAUUUCCAGCUGUAUACAAAAACGCAAUUGUACUUGUCAUUUCUCCAUUGAUUGCAUUGAUGGAAGCCCAGGUCAUGGCGUUGAAUGAAGCUCAAAUAAAAGCAUGCUUAGUUGGAACAGCUCAACUCGAUGCAAAUAUACUGUCACGCAUUGAAAAUGGUGAAUUCAAUAUUAUCUACAGUAGUCCGGAGUAUUUGCAAGGUCAUCAAGGAAUGCUAAUGCUAAAUGUGCUAAAGAACCGGUUGUUAUUGAUUGCGGUGGAUGAGAGCCAUUGUGUAAGUGAGUGGGGCUUGGAUUUUCGUCUUGAUUACAGAAAAUUGAACAUCAUUCGAGAAACAAUUUCUGAUACACCAAUUUUGGCAUUAACCGCGACAGCCACGGCACGCAUUCGUCAUGAUAUUCGAUCAACGCUUCGCCUUCAGAAUCCACUUGAAAUUGUGACGAGCUUUGAUCGACCGAAUUUGGAAUUUAUCGUUUAUGAAAAGUCAAGAAAUGUUUGGUCAGAUAUCGGUCCAUGGGUGAGUUUAAACAACGGCAGUAUGAUUAUAUACGUUUUAAAAAGAGACGAAACAGUAGAAAUCGCAAAAAUUCUUCGAAUGUAUGGAGUCAAUUGUCAGUCUUUCCAUGCUGGCAUGGAAAUACGUAUACGUAAAGAAUUGGUGAAACUAUUCUUGAAUGGAACUCUGCGGGUUAUAGUGGCCACAACUGCAUUUGGAAUGGGAAUUGAUCGAAAAGAUAUUCGUACAGUUAUUCAUUAUGGAGCAUCCAAGAACUUGGAGUCAUAUUAUCAAGAGGUCGGCCGGGCCGGACGCGAUGGUCUUCCCAGUAAAGUUAUUACGUAUUUCAGUAUUGAAGACUUUAAUUUACAUGAUUGGUUUUUGGAAAAGGAAAACCAAAAAAAGAAGCUUGCGAAUUUUGUGAAGAGAUUUUUGCGUGGUUUGGCAUUGCAUAUUCGAGAAUUUGUACACUCGCCGAAAUGUCGACGAAAAGUGAUUUUGGAGUACUUCGGUGAAGAUACGAGUGCAUGGACGCCUCGACCAGAUUGCUGUGACAAUUGUGCAAAAGGUGUCAGUACAUGGCAACUGAAGAACUUGUAUACGUUCUUUAAUGAAUCAAACAAAUACAAUUUCACUACUGACGCAAAGUACGUUUUUGGUGCGAUACAAGAAAUGGAAAAACAUAAGAUCAAAACGACAACAGAAAAAAUCAUACAGUUAUUGCGUGGUGUAGGCAAUGGAAAAUUACGGAAACUGCAGCCAUAUCAUGGUUGUGGAAUGCUGUCAUCGAUCAAUUUAUGUGGGCGGAUUUGAUUGAAUUUGUACCUGGUGAAAAAUACCUAACUUUAAGCCGUGAAGGACGAGCUACGCUUGCUCGCUCCACACCUUUGUAUUUGCAACCGGUUGGAGCAACAUUUCGUUUUUUUACGCCAAAACCAAAUACACCAAUUUCGAACAUACAAUGGAACCGAAGCUUCAAAGAAAAAUCUCCAUUAGGUUGGAGUGAGGAUGGUUGGAGUGACGAUGGUUGGAGUGAGGGCAGUUCAGAGUUUCUCAAUCUCUUUAUUGGCGAUUAUUAUUAUCAUCAUCAAGAGUCAGUUUUACUUGUUGAUAACGGCUUUUGAUCUCAAUUCGAGAUUUCCAAACGAAACCUUUACAACUCACUCACUAUUUUUGGAAAUGAAACAGAAAGAGAAAAGAAAAACUUCCAAAAAAUAUAAAUUAAUUGUAAAA